CUAAUUUAUAUGCUUAGCACAUUGAUGAAAAAAGCAAAUACAACAAGCGAUAUUGUAUUCGCAGCAGCAUUACUACUAGCAACAGGCAAAGUCGAGCGUUGAUAUGAUAGCGAGCGAACAGAAACAGAAAGGGCAGGAUUAUCUACUUCAAAGCAUAAGCAUAAGGAUAAAUUCACAUAGUUCGCGUAUUUCAUCUAUUACGCCCUUAAGGUAGUCUGCGCUGAACUUUGUUCGAGAGUAUUGAUAUUGUAUCAAAAAAAGCUCUACCAAAACAUGUUCAACCGCGGACCAGGAGGCGGAGGGGAUGGCGGCUUCUUCGCCAAUUUUUUUGGCGGCCCCAUGGUCAACCCGAAUCAAAGGUAAAUAAAGAUGGGAUCUAUCAUAGUAAUUUUUCAACAUCUUCUAUUUGAUGUAUCAUCGUCGUAGAUGAGAUUUCUUACGAUCAGCAGGACAUCAUUUGUCAAUCUCCAUAGUUACUAAAAACUACAUGCGCACAUCUCCAUACUUACUAAAAACUACAUGCGCACAUCCAUCACCCACCCACCGACCCAAACAGGUUCGACCACCAGUAUUCCUGCUACCCCGUCUCCUUCCUUGGACGUGAGGAUGCAGAGUCCGGCAACAAGAUCAUGCUUCCACCUAGUGCUCUCGAUUCGUUAGCGAGAUCGAACAUUCAGUAUCCUAUGCUCUUCGAAAUUUCCAACGGCAGCUCUCAAAGAACCCAUUGUGGCGUGUUGGAGUUUGUGGCAGAAGAAGGCACUUGCUACAUCCCAUACUGGAUGAUGCAGAAUCUACUGCUUUCGGAGUUAUGUUGAGGUUCUUGAAGUUCUUGAGCAGGUUGUUUGUUUCUAGAGGUAGCGCUAUGUUGAGUGGUCAGGUUGUUUGUUUCUAGAGGUAGCGCUAUGUUAAGUGGUUGAAGUUAUUUCGGCUAUGUGCGCCACGAAGGCUUUUAGCGACAUCUUCGGGAUGAAUCAGUAUCAUCUUCCACCUUUUUCAUAAUUUAACAAGAUCUUCCAUACUGAUAACAGAGUAGUGUAUAGCACGCAUGGUGCAUGCAGUAGCAUGGAGUGCAUGGGGCGCAGAGCUUUAAGGGGCGCAAGACGCUCCCCCUUUAGCUCCAUGCUACUCCAUGUGAUCCAUGCACUCCAUGCCAUGCGAGCUGUGAAACCUGGUGUAUAAGUUGCUCUGUGAUGAUUGUCCUCUCUAAUAUCCGGCGAUCUAGUCCGGAUCAUGAACACUUCACUGCCGAAAGGCAGUUACGUGAAGCUGCGACCCGUAAGCUCAGACUUUUUGAACAUCCACAACCCGAGAGCAGUCCUAGAGAGUUGUCUACGGAACUUCGCAACUCUGACAGUUGGUGAUUGUGUGGCGAUCAUGUACAACAACAAGCGCUACGAAAUCGAGGUAAUGGAAUGCAAGCCAGCAAAUGCCAUUUGCAUCAUUGAGACCGAUGUCAACGUCGACUUUGCGCCACCAUUAAGGCUUACAGCUCGAAAACCCUAAUUCAUCUUUUUAGAAAGUACGCAUCUACUUUGACCCUUUUUUAUGGGGACAUGAAGCCGAACAUGACUCUGAAAAUGAAUUUGGGGUGGCAGAUCUAAGACCAAGGGACUUCAAUGAGCAACAGCAGCAAGGAGGAGCGCCAUUAGGAAUACCAGGAGGCGGUCAUGGGGCAAUGUCCUCAGCUUCAUCAGCUUCGUCGUCAGUUAAUGACCCAUUGAAUUUCGGGAAUAGAGGAGCAGAUGGUUAUGGGCAUGUUUCAAGUCCAUUUUUUACUGAAAUUCCAAAUCCAUUUUUUUCGAAAUUACAAGUCGAGGAGCUUGUUCUUACCAUUCGCUGUACAACAGCGUAGCCCUAUACGGAAACGUAAAAAGCGUAAAAGAUUUUUAUGCGGGAGUACUUUUUACUGGUGUUUCAUCUUGUUGCCUUAUUUUAUAGCUAAAAAUGACUAUCUCUAUCUAAGAUGUUUAUCUCGCAUUUGCCUUCUCUAAUUUCCUCUAGUCGACCUCACCCGCGAUGGCGCAGCAAGCUCGAAUCCGCCAGGCAGUCCAGACAAGUUCGAUGCUGAGAGUAUCCAUUCUAGCGCUAGUUCCCGCAUAUUUGGCGGUGCAGGGUUGCGGUUAGACGGGAAAGCGCCUAAGCUUGCGUCAGAGGUCGGCACGCCACGCAAUGGAGGGGCUAAUGUUAUGAACAUGAUAUUACAUUGUCUUUAUAAGGUUGAGGCUUAGGUCCAGCGGCGCUCAAAGCACUAAAUAGAACAGCCGGUUAGUUUUUACCUCUAGAUAUUUAGCCCUUCCAACAAUACACUGUCUUUCUCCGAUAAUCAUUUAAGAAUUUGACCACAUUUUAGAGUCGUAUACUGAACAACAGAGGCUGAGGCUCAUCCUAUUACUUCCUGGUUUCUUGUUUUCGACUUUCGAUUUAGAAUUCUAGAUCUAGUCUAGUAGACCUCCUCCUGCUGCUCCUGCAUUCACUGCUUCUAACAUCCGCAACGGCAGUGACACAGACGAAGAACCAUGGAAGAGUAAACGCAUUCCAGGCGGCGUGCGUCGACAGCCGCCGUACGGCUACAACACUGGGAAUAUGAGUGCGAAAGAAGCAUACGCACUACCAAGUGCAACGGGCAAACUUAUGGUCGUACUAGUUAGCUUUUUUUUUUUCGGACUUUAUCCGGGAUCUUGGAGCUUUCUCACAAGGGGAAAGAAACAACUCCAACAUGGAUUGGGGUGAGCUCUAAGAAACGGCAAAAACAAGACGAGCCAGCGGGUGGCCCUGCACUGUUCAAGGGGUCGGGGAAGACGCUGGAAGACUGAUGGAUGACAUGACUGGCGUCGAUACACAUACUCACACCAUGGUGACUGAAGUCGGUCGUUGAGUUUAGCAUUGUACCCACAGACAGCACUCGUAGUUCGUCCUUUUAUCAGUUUAUACAAAUACAACCCCGAUCAUGAACAAAAAUGUUUUGUCCCGAACCAAGAGACUAGUGGAGGUAGUGAGUGGUGAAUUCGUCGCGUUGCGGUAAGGAAUUAGACCAUAGUACUAGCACUGAGACUGAGUUUAAGAAGGAGCACCCACUCUAAUAGGUUCAAUUCAUUUUUAGAUUUACAAGAAAAGUUGCUCUGAUUAAAGACGGUCGCUUUCUGUCUUCUAUUCCCGUUCCGUGAGAUCGAUGGCUGACCACUGACUGCCUCUGAUAGGAGAUUUGCGCUGUGUGAAGUAGUGUUUGCAAGAAUUGCAGAAGGUAAAAAUGGACCACGCUUGCGAACAAGUUCAACAAACCAGGAGCCGAAAGCAACCCGAAGAACCUGAUGAUUUUUUGAAUCAGAAAUGAUAAUGAUCCUCCCUAGUGGAAACCAGAUGAACUAAAUCAAACCACGUCGUCCACGUUGACGCGGCUGGAAUGCCUGUUGUAC